AUGGGAGCAGAGAAAAAAAAGUUUCAAAUACAACUAACAGCCUUUGUUAUCACUAUGUUUGUGUCGCCCAUAGCAGUUCCCGUGCUCGGAAGAAUGGCAGGAUUUGACUCUCCUUUAGUUUCAUUUACAUCUCUAUUCCUAGUUCUGGGAUCUAUGGGGGCGAUAUGUAAAGUUGCGAUUGAUAGAGAAAGAGAAAAGAAGAAUAAAAGGAUGAGGAAGAUUAAAUCCAAGUGA